AUGUCCAGUGUUGGUGAUACACCCGCAGAUGAUCCAUCUGCGACUAAUUCUAAUAUUCAGUCAGCAGCAACCGCACCUUCAAUUACGACCAAACGAGACGACUCAAAAGGGUCUCUCGAUCUCGCUACGUCUGAAAAACUUAUUGACAUACCACAGAAGCCCCUCUCUGCGUACACCACCGUCGCAAUCUUGUGUUUGAUGAUUGCGUUUGGUGGGUUCAUCUUUGGUUGGGAUACCGGUACAAUCUCGGGUUUUGUCAAUCUCUCAGACUUCGUCAAAAGAUUCGGUCAAAAAAACGGCAAGGGCGAUUACUAUCUGUCAAAAGUGAGGAUGGGUCUGAUUGUCUCAAUAUUUAACAUUGGUUGUGCCAUUGGAGGAAUCGUGUUGUCCAAAGUCGGCGAUGUAUAUGGCCGCCGUAUUGGUUUGAUUACAGUCACUGCCAUCUACGUUGUGGGCAUCCUGAUCCAAAUUACCUCGAUAGAUAAAUGGUACCAAUAUUUUAUUGGCAGAAUCAUUUCUGGCCUUGGCGUGGGGGGCAUUGCCGUUCUCUCCCCAAUGUUGAUAUCCGAAGUCUCUCCAAAACAUAUCAGAGGAACCCUUGUCCAGCUGUAUCAACUGAUGGGGACGAUGGGUAUUUUUCUGGGCUACUGCACGAAUUAUGGUACAAAGAAUUAUCAUGACUCGACUCAAUGGAGAGUCGGUCUUGGUCUUUGUUUUGCCUGGGCCUUAUUUAUGGUUAGCGGAAUGAUGUUCGUGCCCGAAUCACCACGUUAUCUGAUCGAGGUUGGUAAAGACGAAGAAGCCAAGCGUUCCCUAUCAAAAUCGAACAAAGUCUCAGUUGAUGAUCCUGCCUUAUUAGUCGAAUACGACACAAUAAAAGCAGGCAUUGAGGUGGAAAAGCUAGCUGGUAACGCGUCAUGGGCUGAGCUGCUCUCCACGAAAACAAAGGUAUUCCAACGUGUACUCAUGGGGGUGAUGAUCCAAUCUUUGCAGCAAUUGACCGGUGACAAUUACUUCUUCUAUUACGGUACGACCAUUUUCAAGUCUGUGGGCUUAAAGGACUCCUUCCAGACAUCGAUCAUUAUUGGUGUAGUCAAUUUUUUCUCCUCUUUUAUAGCAGUAUACACCAUUGAGAGGUUUGGACGUCGUACAUGCCUAUUAUGGGGUGCCGCUUCCAUGGUGUGUUGCUUUACUGUGUUUGCCUCCGUUGGUGUAACUAAGUUAUGGCCUCAAGGCAGCAGCCAUCAGGACAUCACUUCACAAGGUGCUGGUAACUGUAUGAUUGUUUUUACCAUGUUCUUCAUUUUUUCAUUCGCCACCACCUGGGCAGGUGGCUGCUAUGUUAUAGUCGCAGAAACCUUCCCUCUUAGAGUCAAAUCAAGAGGAAUGGCCAUCGCAACAGCCGCAAACUGGAUGUGGGGUUUUUUAAUUAGUUUCUUCACCCCUUUCAUCACCGGUGCAAUCAACUUUUACUAUGGUUAUGUCUUCUUAGGUUGUCUUGUUUUUUCCUACUUUUAUGUCUUUUUCUUUGUUCCAGAAACGAAAGGCCUGACACUGGAAGAGGUCAACACUAUGUGGAUGGAAGGUAUCCCACCCUGGAAAUCAGCAGCAUGGGUACCACCGGAAAGAAGAACCGCAGAUUACGAUGCAGAUGCUAUUGAUCAUGACGAUAGGCCAGCUUACAAAAUGUUUUUCUCUAAGUGA